AUGAGAAUGAGAAGGAGGAAGCAGAGAAUGAGGAGGAGGCAGAGAGUGAGGAGGAGGAGAAAGAGCAAGUGCAAGUCCAGCAAGAAGAAGAGAAAGUGCAAGUCCAGGAAGAAGAAAAGCAGGAGGAGGAAGAAGUCCAACAAGCACAACAGCCACGACAACAGCCACGACAACAGCCACGACAACAGCCACGACAACAGCCACGACAACAGCCACAACAACAGCCACGACAACAGCCACAACAACAGCCACGACAACAGCCACAACAAGCCCAAGGGCAAGAGAGAUCUGUUUGCAACUGUGAAAAUAGUUCAUGCAAGCACCACCGUUGUGGCUGUAAAACCAAUCAACUGCCCUGUAUCGCUGGAUGCCAUUGUACUGGCAAUCGAAAUUGCAAAAAUCCCUUUACACAUAUAUAAAGUGUAG